GAUUAUUACUAUCAUGUACAAGCACUCCAUUUGCCCUUUAGUAUCUCAUAUUGAGAAGUUUGGAAUACUACCUUUGGUUUGCAGUCUUGGAAAUAUUUUAGAACUUGGGAUACAUCAUGGCAGAUACAAAACCUGAUGCAAAAAUCAGUGAUCCCAACAAAAGUGAAUAUCACAAAGAAAUACCUCCACACAAUAUUCAUAAAGACAAAUAUAAGGAGACUACAACUGAUAACAACUUGACUUCGAAAAUACAAAACAGUAAACCAGAUGAGCCACAAAAAGUUUUUUCUUACAACAUGAAUGAGAAACAAGAUGAUUCUGAAAUAGAAACAAGCAGGCAUGCUGUCCUUGAUGUUAAGGUAAAAGGUGAUGAUGAAAGCUAUGAAAACUCUAACAAUGAAGAAUCUAUAACAAUAGAUGUAGCAACUACAGAUUGUAGGAAGGAUAGCAAUAUUCCACUAAAAUUUGAUGAACUUCCUCCUGAACCAGACUGGACACCUAUAUCGAAUGUCAAUGUGAAAAGUGAAAAGGAUGCAUACAUCAUUGCAGAUACAAAAUCUAAUACCAAAAACUAUGAUCCAAACAAAAGUGAAUAUUAUAAAGAAAUGUCUCCCCAAAAAAUAUGCAAAGAGGAGUCUACAAAAACAGAUUUAGAAACUUCAUUUUGUACGAAGGAUAGCACUAUUCCACUAAGAUUUGAUGAACUUCCUCCUGAACCAGACUGGACAACUAUAUUGAAUGUCGUCGUGAAAAGUGAAAAGGAUGCAUACAUCAUUGCAGAUACAAAACCUAAUACCAAAACCUAUGACCCAAACAAAAGUGAAUACCACAAAGAAAUGUCUCCACAAAAAAUAUGCAAUGAGGAUUCUACCAAAACAGAUUUAGAAACUGCAUAUUGGAGUAAGGUUAACACAAUUCCACUACAGUUUGAUGAACUUCCCCCUGAACCAGACUGGACAACUGUAUCAAAUGUUGUAGUGAAAGGUGCAAAGGAUGUUUCAGUACCUGAUAAAACAUCUGAAUAUAAAGGAUUUCUAAAAGAACAAGUAAACAGGAGACAUUCAUAUUCUAAGAAUCAGUGCUCCAGGGUACCACAAAGUGCAAAACUCUCGGUAACAAGAGCAUCAAAGGAUGAGCUAAGACAUGCCAUCUUGAAUAGUAAAGGCCAUAAAUUUGAUAAUCUUCAACAAGAAUUUCAUCAUUACAGAGAUGAUGGAGACUUGAAAUAUGUGCAACGUGAUGAAUAUUACCAUUACAGAAGAAAUUCCAAACCUCACACAAGCACUCAAGUUAGCAGCACUCCAUAUCGUCCUCGUGAUCCAAGUCCUGAUUAUGAUUAAAGUGUUUAUAUAUAUAUA